AUGGACACGGUGUCGGGCAACGAGCGUCCGCACAAGCACUCUAAAACGGACAAGCGCAUGCGGGCGCCCUUUGCAGAGCCUUCCGGAGGGGGCAUCGGUCCUCGUCACAGGGGACAGAACCGACCGGCUCGUCAGGACAAGGAGGUGGCUUUGAUCAAGGCGAUGGGCAGGCUGGUCAUUCGCCAGGAGACCCAGCUGCAGGUGCUGAAGCAAAACUCGUCCUGGACUCUUUACCUGAAGCCGGGACAGUCAGGGGCCAUGCCGAUCCUGUUCAAGACUGCCUCCACAUAUCGCGAGGCUUCGAAGACCAAGUUCAUGGAAGCUCCCCUUCGGGCAGUCUUGCUGAGCACUUUGUUUCAGACCUUGCUUGCUUGCCUGCAGACCAUGACCACACAGCCGGAUCAGCAGGCCCAGGCCAAAACAAAGGGCUGGCUGAAUGCGGAGGGCAAAUGGGUAUAUCAACACUGGGAUCCCGAAAACAAGGUUCUCAAAGCCGACGACACCCGGACUGCGGUGACGCACCAGGAGGUCAUCAAUCAUGUCACCCUGUUGGUGACGGCGGUGACGGGGAAGGAUGUGAUAUCCACAGGUUCAAUGCAACGAACGGUCUGCCGGCCAACCCGGAGCAAAUCACGACUUUUCUCUUGGAAGUGGGACUGCGGGCCACGGGAGUCGACAAAGUCUGGGCAGCCCUCGAAGCCUUAUCGAACUCGACGGCCCUACAGCUGUGCGGCGUGCAACUCAAGAGGGACAAUCUCAAGAGGAGCUCGCUUGCGAACGGCGUGCCUGAGGCUCAGCUCUUCGGCACCAAAGUGCAGGCGUGGAGAGAUGUUCUCUACCACCGUGCCAGUGUGGCCCUAUUCAGGCUGCACUCCUGGGCUCCUUUGUGGCGCGGCUGGGUGCGACCAUCAGCACAGCACGACGUCUCAGCCUUCAUGA